ACGAUUUGAAAAUUCAGCUUGCGUUUCACUAAAUUUUUAGAGGCAACAGUAUUUAAAUACAUAUUUACUAAGAUGAGUGAGGAACUAUUCUCCAUUAACUUAAAAGACUUAAAUGUGCCCAAAGUGGAACGCAUUUAUGAUAUACGCGAGUUCAUGUCCGAUCCCAAAAACUUUAAUGGCAAUAUUAAUGAAUUGACCGAACGCCUGGAAGAAAACGUACAACAAUGUCGCAAUAUAAUCAACAUCUUGAAGGACAGACUCAGCUUAAAGAUAGCCACCAUGAAAAAGAUUAAGACGGAUGUGUUCGAAUUGAAUUCGGAGGUUGGAAAGCCCGGAGCGGAGAUUCGUUUUGUGACUAACGGUGAGAAAGUAAAAUUGCAUUUUCUAGACGAGGCAGAGAUUAAGGAAUACAGUGUACAAGAUGCCCUGGAACAUUAUAGCGUUAAGAUGAGUUUCAUUUAUGGUGAGAUACUGUCUUUGGACAGCGAUGUGGACCAUGUCACCUAUCUGGAGGGAGUUUCCAAGAUGAAUGUCGAGUAUGUUAAGGAUUGGUAUGAAGCUGAGAUGCGGAAUAAGAAUAAAAAAUCAGUUCCUGAUUCUGUUGGCGAUACAGUAAAGAACUGAAGUUUUCUACGCUAAAUACAUUUUCAUGGAUUCCAACCAUUCACAAUAUUGUCACGAUCUUAUUGA